CAGCAGAUAAGCAGCGAGCCCUGGAAGAAACCAAAGCCUACACAACGCAGUCGUUAGCGAGCGUAGCCUAUCUGAUCAACACUUUGGCCAACAAUGUUCUCCAAAUGCUGGAUAUCCAGGCAUCCCAGCUCCGGCGCAUGGAAUCUUCAAUCAACCACAUUUCACAAACGGUGGACAUUCACAAAGAGAAAGUUGCUAGAAGAGAAAUUGGUAUCUUGACUACAAACAAAAACACCUCAAGAACUCACAAAAUCAUUGCACCAGCUAACUUGGAGCGACCAGUUCGCUACAUCAGGAAACCUAUUGAUUAUACAAUUCUAGAUGAUAUUGGACAUGGAGUGAAGUGGUUGCUUAGAUUUAAGGUCAGCACCCAGAAUAUGAAGAUGGGUGGGCUGCCUCGCACUACACCACCCACCCAGAAGCCACCAAGUCCACCGAUGUCAGGAAAAGGAACUAUUGGGCGGCACUCCCCGUACCGCACGCUGGAGCCGGUGCGGCCCCCGGUGGUGCCCAACGAUUACGUGCCGAGCCCGACGCGCACCAUGGCCCCGGCCCAGCAGAGCCCCGUCAGAACGGCCUCGGUGAACCAGCGCAACCGCACCUACAGCAGCAGUGGCAGUAGUGGAGGAAGCCACCCAAGUAGUCGGAGCAGCAGUCGAGAGAACAGUGGAAGUGGAAGUGUAGGUGUUCCCAUUGCUGUUCCCACACCAUCUCCUCCUAGUGUCUAUCCAGGUCACCCGGUUCAGUUCUACAGCAUGAACAGGCCUGCAGCUCGGCACACGCCCCCAACCAUCGGGGGCUCUUUGCCGUACCGGCGGCCGCCUUCCAUCACAUCGCAGACGAGCCUUCAGAACCAGAUGAACGGGGGCCCCUUCUACAACCAGAACCCUGCAUCCCUUGCUCCUCCUCCCCCCUCCAUCCUACAGGUAACUCCACAGUUACCACUAAUGGGAUUUGUGGCCAGAGUUCAAGAAAACAUUUCAGAUACUCCUCCCCCCCCACCGCCUGUGGACGAGCAGGUGUUUGAUGAGUCUCCACCUCCACCCCCACCUCCAGAGGAUUAUGAGGAGGAGGAAGCAGCAGUGGUGGAGUACAGCGAUCCCUAUGCUGAGGAGGACCCUCCUUGGGCACCGAGGACAUACUUAGAAAAGGUGGUGGCAAUCUAUGACUACACCAAGGACAAGGAAGAUGAGCUCUCAUUUCAGGAAGGUGCCAUCAUUUAUGUCAUCAAGAAAAAUGAUGAUGGCUGGUAUGAGGGGGUCAUGAAUGGCGUGACGGGGCUGUUCCCGGGGAACUAUGUGGAGUCGAUCAUGCAUUACUCAGAGUGAAGACCCGAGGACAGAACACUGCAUCUCCUGCUGCAGGAGCUGUCAGGGCUUCCCAGAUCUCCACCAGCCUCUGGGGCCCCAUCCAGUAUAACUGAAUGAAGGAUAAUUGUAACAACCACUCUUUUGGGUUUGGUUUGGUUUUUUUUUCUUUUCCCCUCUCAUGAUAAGA